UCGGAGAUCAACGGUCCUUAUUCACUCUCAACUUAAAGCAGUUCACUUCUACUUACGUAGCCGACCCUGACGGCCACUUCUCUUCAUCUCUCAAUCAGAUCUCUUCUCUGUCACUGUCUUUUGGUCUUUCCGAUUCUAAUUCCUGUCCAACAGGUUUCAUAAAAAUGGCUGAAUCAAAAUCAGGAUUGCGGAAGCCUGUAUUCACCAAGGUUGACCAGCUCCGCCCAGGCACCAGUGGGCAUACUCUGACUGUCAAGGUUGUUAGUGCAAAGAUGGUCUUGCAAAAGGGUCGCCCUGAUGGUCCUCAAAUACGCCAGAUGCGAAUUGCUGAAUGUUUGGUAGGAGAUGAAACAGGAAUGAUUAUCUUCACAGCUAGAAAUGAUCAAGUGGACUUGAUGAAAGAGGGAAGUACUAUAAUCCUUCGCAAUGCAAAAAUUGACAUGUUUAAAGGAUCAAUGAGACUUGCUGUGGACAAGUGGGGCCGUGUUGAAGUAACUGAGCCUGCUAGCUUCACUGUGAAGGAGGAUAACAACCUAUCACUGAUUGAAUAUGAACUUGUGAACGUUGUUGAAGAGUAACUUCUCUGUGCAGUGUUGCUAGAUGAUGUGAGAAUAAAAACAACUUAGCAAAGCAAAUUACUGACGGUGGACAUGUGUUCCUAAAAAAUGCCUAUGAACUGUUCACUUUUUAGAAAGAAGAAAUCUGCAAGCUAUUAUUGUACUAGUUGCUUUUACGUAUGCGGCAGAUCCAGCACAACCUUUGUUUGAUUUGACUUCCAAACAAACAGAUGUUGAAGGCUGUAAAAAUCGAUGAGUUAAAGCAGCUGCUUUUGGAAACUUAGUUUGGUUUCGUUUCGUUUGCUUGCUAACUACCUAUUUUUGGACAGUAAUGAACUUUGCACAAUGUGAUCAACGGAUAUAAAUUCCACCAAGCAAAUGUUGGUGCAAGUUGUUAUCUCUCA